GGCUCAGUAUCUGAGGGAGAAAGCUCCAUCUCAGAAAUUCAUCAAUUUUCCGAGGGACACGAAGUCGUAGACUUGCACCCUAUGGAAACGACAGAGUCCAGCCGCCCAGAGAGGGACUUCACAGGCGUUGCCGAUCACGGCGAUGAUGUGGAGAAUGAUAUGCCGAAGCUUGAGGAGAAAGAAGUUGAACAGCAAGCAGCAAAUCAGGAGCCUCCACCACCAAGGCGUGUGAUGCUUUUGGUCAUGCUUUGCAUGUUUCAAGGCUAUGCGUCAAUGGUGGGCCCACUUCAAUCAGCUUACAAGCAUGAGCUCGGAAUUACACACGGGACAGACGCAGCUCAUGCUUUCACGCAAGCAGCUGUGGGCGUUCACUAUGGGAAGCUUGUGGCACGACUGGGGCACAAUGUGUUUUUUUGCGUGUCUCAGCCCAUGGACACGUGUCAUCAUUGCAAUGUGCUUCAUGCUCAUUGGAGUUCUCAUUCCUCCAGUGUUGGUUUUCUCCGCAGGCUGGCAUUGGGUUGGCACCGUCUUCAUUGCGUACAUGCUCUCUGGCUUGGGCUUGGGCAUUUUUGAGGUGACGUUUCUCAGCGUCAUUACGCCACUCGGCAAGGCGACCAAGUCAUGGGCCAUUAUCGGAUGUCCUGCUGGCUUUGCCACCAUCAACAUUCUAGGACUCACCUUGAGCUCAUUUGGGCUUCCCAUCGUGUCCCUGUACUGGUACAUUGCUGCUUGUUUGCCAAUGGGACUGGCCAUCUUCCUGAUGUACGCCCCCAGAGGCCAGACGGAGCUCAAGACCGCCAAUUUUGGGGUCUCCUUGCGACAAGCGUCCCAGUGGAUGCCGGGAAUGGUACCUUUCUUUGCAGCUCAGUUCCUAAGCCACUUUGCCAUGGAAAACUGGCCGGCCAUUUUCUACAUGUUCCAUCCUCCUAUGGUGCCACUCUUCAACCCCAAGAGUGACGAACAUCUCAUGAAAUGGGGGCAGUUCUUUGCGAUUACUUACAUCUUCAUCUUUUUGGGUGAUUCGAUCAGUCGACGCAUUGCAAUCUACCUCUCUACACCCAGCUUAAAGAAGAGGUUGCUUUAUUUGGGAAUGGCGAUGGUUCUCAUCGCUUUGGGCCUCUACCUCGAGUCCUUGGCGAUUGCGAUCAUCAUCCCUUUGGCCAUUUUCAUGAUCUUCUGGGGCAAUGGUACCAUCUAUGGUCUCACUGCGAAUCAUGUAGACAAACAAGUGCCAAGUGAGCACAAUUUGGCCUCCUACUCCUGUUGGUGCUUCAUUGGGGACUUGGGGGCCAUUCUUGGAGGCAUUUUGGUGGAAAAUACGCACGAUUUGUUUUGUAGAGGCCAUGAAGGCCCAUUCGAAUGUUGAGGUCGUUCGUUGGAAGGCAAUCAAGAGAAUUGCUACAAAAGGCAGCCAAGAGGGCUGCAGAAAUUCGGCUAGGUAUCCUUGUGGCAAACACUGUUUGCAAUUUCGUGCUUUGCACUCCCAUACUGCAUGCGAUUGGGCAAAUCAGUACCAAUGUAAAGGUACAGAGUCACUCCUUAAAAUGCGCAGCACCUCUACAGUUGUGCUUGGAGAAUUCCAGAGAAGUCGGUAGUCUUGCCCAACCAGAGACGACUUGUUGCCACCUGCAGAAUGCAGAAGCAUCUGGUCGAUGGUCCGGAGGAAUAAAAAGCAAAGACGAGCACGUUGUUACUUUUGCAAAAAACAUUACAAAGCAAUGGCCUCCAACCUAUGAGGGGUCAUGAUAGACAUGGUGUCACACGCAAGCCACACGGUCGUGUGAACCACUUGGCUCACAGGUGAGCCAACCAGCGGACUGCGCUUGCAGCCCAUUUGAUGCGACCGCUGGGUGG